CGCAUGCGUUCGGCACGCCACGGCUUCGCCGUGGCUAGGAUAGGAGUUUGCGGCGAGUGUCGCGUUGCGUCCGGUUCGACUGCAGUCGGUGAUGGCGGAGGCUUUGGGCGCGGUCCGGUAGGGGCAUCAGGGAAGUACCUGGUGCCUGGAUAUCCGGGAAACCUCGAGAAUCGCUACGUGGCCGAAGGCUGCCGGCCAAGCAUCCGCUCGGCGAGGGCUUUUUCAUUCAGCUCGUACCACUGUGCCCUCGCCGCACGUGUUGCAGCCCGCAUGCCACCUCCAGAAAUCACAGAACCUUGCGGCCCACUGAGGCUGUACGCAGAGUGCCGGGAGCCGUGCUUAGUGAUCUUCGAUUUUCACAAGGGCCCUGCAGGGAAAACGCUUGGCACGUAGAAGGCUUCAACGAAUUGGAUGCAUGCAUGCAUGAACGAACCUACACUAGUCCAGAAGGUGAGGAUUACAGGUUCCCGAGAGGAGGAGGUGGGAGUUUUCAGCUUUAUUGAGAUAGGAUGGCCACACAAGCUUUCUCUGAGGCAGUGACAUUUGAUCUGAGACCUGAAAAAGCCAGCCAUGUGAAGAAAAUCUGGGAAAAGGAUGUUGUAGGCAGGAAGCAUAGAAGACACCAAGGCCCUGAGCAGGAACAAGUCCAGUAAGAGUGAGGAGCAGAGAGAGGUGUGAGCGAGAGAGGCACAGCUAAGGCUUGAGAGCCCAGAGCCCGCGGUGAGGAAAUGGACUUCAUUCUCGGGGCUCAAGGUCACAUUCCUAGUGAAUGCUAGGGCUGGAAUUCAAGCACCUCGUCAGCCUGUAAAACCUAAUCUCUCACCUUUGUCCCAGGAUGAUACCCACCUCACAGACUCGUCCAGGUCACUAGAGAAAACUUAGAACGUGCCUGGCGCAAGAUAGACGUGCACCCGGUGUCCCCUUUCUCCUGGUUUUCCUAUAAAGGUAGGCUUCAUGCCCAGCGUGCAGCCCAACACUGGGCUUGAACUCAGGACCCUAAGAUCAAGACCUGAGCUGAGAUCAAGAGUUGGACACUUAACCAGCUGAGCCGCUCAGGUGCCCCUGUAGUGGUUACUUUAAAUAGUUGGAUUUUGUGGCUCAGCUGAACAUGGAGCAGUUUCUGGACCGGAAGAGCUGAGGAAGCCCAAACUUGAGCUGAAGCAACUCUGCUGAGGAAAAGAAAAACAUGUCUGGGAACAGAUACACAGGAUGUUCAUUGCAACAGGUCAGCCCCAUGGCUGUUCCACACGAUUCACACGAGACUUCCUAUUUGCUGCCUCCAAACAGUAAGGACUGGGAAGGGCAUGGCAUUCCUGACUUUGUCUACGGGCAGGAGGAGCUGGUGCUGGAAGGGAUUCAGUGGCCGAGGGACGCGCCCGGCCUCCCGGAGGACUCCGUACCACCUUCUCGCUUCGAUUCUGUGCUCUGCUCCGCCUGGAGGCAGCGGGUGGAGCUGGGGCUGUUCCGCUACCGCCUGGGGGAGCUGCAGACCCAAACCCUCCCCGGUGCCGUGGGUUUUGUGGCUCAGCUGAACGUGGAGCGAGGUGCCCAGAGGAGGCGCCCCCAGAGCAUCAGUAGUGUGAAGCAGGCGUUUGACCCUGCACUGUUUAACUUCACCAAGAUCCGGCCAGGAGAAGUCCUCUUCCGUCUGCUCCGGGAGCCCGAUCUGCCAGGCGCUCUCCAGCAAGAGGACAUCCUCGUAAUGAUCAAUGUCAGCCCCUUGGAGUGGGGCCACGUGCUGCUGGUGCCCGAGCCCCGCCGUGGGCUCCCCCAGCGCCUGCUGCCCGGUGCGCUGCGGGCCGGGGUCGAGGCUGUGCUGCUGAGCUCACACCCAGGCUUCCGCGUCGGCUUCAACAGCCUGGGUGGCUUGGCCUCAGUGAACCACCUCCACCUGCACGGGUAUUACCUGGCCCACAGACUGCCUGUGGAGGGAGCACCGAGCGAGCCCCUGGACCCCGGGGGGUAUCUGCACCUCCUCCAGGCCGUCCCAGCGCCCGGCUUCCUCUUUUACACUAGCGGGCCGGGGCCUGACUUGGAAGCCUUGAUAGGCAGGGUAUGUCGGGCCACCGACUAUCUGACUGACCGCGAGAUCGCCCAUAAUUUGUUUGUGACCCGGGGGGCCCCACCCGGAAAGACAUCACCCUCCUCGGCUCUCACGGGGGUCCGAGUGAUUCUGUGGGCCCGGAAGUCCAGUUUUGGGGUAAAGGAAGGCGAGGCGUUCAAUGUUGCCCUCUGUGAGCUGGCCGGGCACCUCCCUGUCAAGACGUCCCAGGAUUUCAGCAGUCUGACAGAGGCGGCUGCUCUGGCCCUCAUUCAAGACUGUCUGCUGCCCCCUGCCCAGGCAGAAGAGGUCCAGGCAGCGCUAGUGGCCUUGAUAGCCCAGGACGAGCAGUAAUCCUUCCGGAAGUAUUUAUUUUCUACCCGGUCUAAGUCCCUUUCCAGAAAGCCGUCCACAGGGGUCGUCGUUUGGGCAUUUCUGUGACUGCCUUCUUACCUGUCUCAGCCUAAGGGGACGGGUAAAGAAUUGACAAGUGGCCUCUUUAAAGAGAAGAAACGUUAGAAUAGAUCGAACAAAUGAG